AUCCAUUACGAAUUCGUUGACGAAUGUGGUUGAUCUUGCUUUGCCGCGUUUGCCGUGAUCCACAUGUGAAGUCUAUAAAUUAAUAAAUAACGAAGCCAGCAAUUCUAGUCUUGCGUUAAUUUAACGCUUAGUGAUAACUUUAGUACUAUUAUCAUUUUCCAUAUCUGCUAAUAAUCAACGUCAAGAUGUUUUGGGGUUUGAUCAUGGAGCCGAACAAGCGGUACACCCAAGUGGUGGAGAAGCCGUUCCACAUCUCACAGGCCGCCAUGGACAUCUCCACAGGUGAUACUGAUCCCUGUCAAGUGAUGGUCGUGGUAGACGGCAAGAACUUCCUUGUAUGCACAUUACAGAAGGGCAGAAUCAUCCAGGUGCCCUUGGACCUAUACUUCAAGACUGGAGACAAUGUCUCCUUCUUGACAAAUGGUAAAUGUAAUGUCCACUUGACUGGUUACUUGGACCCUGAGUAUGAGGAUGAGUUGGAAGAAGAAGAAGAUGACGAAGACGAAGAUGAAGAAAUUGAAGAGGAUGAGGAGCCCCCAGCACCUAAAAACAAGAGAAAGCUGGAGAACAGCAAUGACGUAGCAGCUAAUAAAAAGGCAAAGUCUGAAAAGAAAGCUGGCAAAAAGGCAGCUGCUGCCAGCUCUGAAGAUGAUGAUGAUGACGAUGAUGAUCAGCUCCAGAAAUUCCUAGAUGGAGAGGACAUUGACACUGAUGAAAAUGAUGACUCAUUCAAAAUUAACACAACAGCUGAAGAUGACAGUGACGAAGAUGAGGAAGAAGACGACGACGAUGAAGAUGAUGAGGAUGAAGAAGAAGAAGAAACACCAAAGAAGAAGAAGAAGGCAGCGUCGUCAGAGUCAGCCGACACCACACUCGACACCAGCAAGGAGGAAGAGGUAGACGUGUCAAAACUCACCAAAUCACAGAAGAGACGGCUCAAGAAAAAGCUGCAGCAGCAAGCAAAACAGCCCCAAGUGAAUGGAGUUGCCAAGAAGGAUGAAGCUCAAAAGGCUGAAGCUCCUCAAAAGGCCGAAAAGAAGAAGCCUGAAGCAAAGCAAGAGGAGGAGAAAAGAGAAAAGAAGCAACUGACUGGGGGAGUUGCCAUUGAAGACCUGAAGGUUGGCACUGGACUUGCUGUAAAACCCGGCAAAGUUGUCACGGUUUAUUAUGAAGGUCGCCUGAAGCAAAACAACAAGAUGUUUGACAACUGCGUGAAGGGACCCGGCUUCAAGUUCCGACUGGGAGCCAAGGAGGUGAUCAGUGGUUGGGAUGUCGGCAUUGCUGGCAUGAAGGUCGGAGGCAAGAGGAAGAUUAUCUGCCCACCUGCGAUGGCUUACGGAGCCAAAGGUUCACCCCCAGUGAUCCCACCAAACUCAACACUAGUAUUUGAAGUUGAACUUAAGAAUAUCAAAUAAGUCAAAUAUACAUGGAAUGUGCCACUAUGUCAAGGACAUUGUUAUUUUGCUUUAAAUUUAAUGGUGAUGAAAGGAUUUUGAAUGGUUUUGCAGAAUAGCAAGCAUGUUUGUUAAGUACUACUCCAAUAUGACUUAUCUGCAAUAGAAUUAUUUUUGUAGAUGAAAUACACAAACAGGAUUUCAAUUUUUUUUAAUGCAGGUGUGUACAUAUAUUUGGGGGUACUGCACUUAAUUUUUAACACUCAAAUAUCCUUCAAAUUUAUGUAUACUCAAGAGGGUAUUUCAAUUAAUACAACUUAAUGUUGGCAACCCAGUGUUUUUGCAUGAGAAUGGCAACUAUUAGUACUACAGUCAGAACUCAAAAUAUUUAAUUUACUUCAUGAAUAAUAGUGUUGCAGAUGCAUCAUAUUUACUGUUAUACCAUGUAAGUUCAUUUUUAAGUUAGUGUAUAAGGAUUGAACUGGACAUAAUAAAUUUACACUCUUGGGUGUCCUUAAUGACACAAACAUUUUUAUCAAAUACUGUAAAAAGUUUGUAAUUUUUUUACCAAAAUUUUUAAGUUACUUGGAGCUAUCUUAUUAUUUUGAUUAGUUUGAAUGUGAAAAGUCUUAUUGUAAGUGUAAUGAUUUGUGUUAAAACAUAAGAACUGGCAGUAAAUAACAAUAGUAUAGUGUGGAAGCAGUAGCAAUUCCUAUAUAUAUAAAUAUACAAUAUAUUCUUGAUUCCGACUAUUAUUAAUAAGAACAUUCUUUAUUAGUAAGUUCUGUAACCCACACUUAAAUAGUUAACUAGUAGUCAUUUGGAGGAUAUUUUUAUAUUUUAGAAGACGCCCUGCAUUGCAAGUAUGGUGUAGGAAUAGUGAAUAGGCUAGACCUAAAUUCAACAUCAUACAAUAGGAAACUAAGAUCCAAUAUAGGUAAUUUGUAUUGUUAGAUUAAUAAGAUUAGUCUAGUUUUACAUGUUAGCCUUGUAUUGAGUGUAUGGAAUUUUAAUGUGUCAAUAUGAAUAGAUAACUUUUCAAUUUUACUUCUUAUUUCUAAUCAAUACAUUCAGUGUAUCUUAUUAAUACUGGUAAGACUUGUAGCCAUCUUGAUCAUUAAAUAAAAGUCAGAACUUCA